AUGACCGAACUGCGCGAGCCCAAGCGCGUGCGGCAAGCUUGUCAGAAUUGCAGGCGCAAGAAGACAAGAUGCUCCGGUGAGAAACCGGUCUGCUCGUUCUGCGCCCGACUCAAGCAGGAAUGUCUUUGGGACGAAAUCUCCACCGCGGCAUUGAGCGCAAGUAACAUCAAUCUGGCAGCUAGAGUGGCGCUUUUGGAGUCGAAGCUGAGUCUCCUCAACUCUGGUGGCAAUGACGCUCCCUUGUUGGCCACCGACGGCUAUGUCCCGUCCAAGAAACGACGCACCUCAGCACAGGACGAUUCCGUCUCCCCAGAGGCCCAUUCCGUCAAUAGUCAAGGCUCACAGGGUCGGGCAUCCGAUACUGCGAGAAAGGCCAUGCAAUUACCGCCAGAACCGGUGCUCCGAUCAGUUUUGCAGACGUACUUCGCUCGUUGUCAUAACCAGCCCUAUGCCUUUUUCCGUCCAGAAUAUUUCUGGUGGAUGCUGGACAACGGCGAGAUUCCCGAGUACCUGCUACUGGCCAUGAUUUCUCUGGCAGUGCGUUUCUCAUCAGACCCUUAUUUCGAGCGUCGGCAGACAGAACUUGUUGAUGGAUAUGCACGAACGGCCUGGACCGAAAUCUUUGAAAAGUCUUUCUCGGAGGACUAUGUGCUUGACAUUCAUGCCGUGCAAGCGACUAACAUGUUGGCCAUAAUCGACUUUACCACUGGUCGACCAAAACUUGGAUGGCAAAAGGUCGGACUAGCGGUGCGAUUUGCACAGAGUCUAGAGCUCGGCUCUGUGAUACCAAGUCACUAUACUCCAGAGCAGCAAGAUGAGCGACGACUAACCUUUUGGUCCAUGUACCUACUGGACCGACUGGUGUCGUGCGGCACUGGACGGCCACCCACGAUAUCAGAUAUCGACUGUUCCAUACCUCUGGCCUCAGACAUGACACCAGCGAACGAGACCGAAUCGUCAACAAUGCCUGAUUUGAGGACAUUAUUCGAAAUUUCCGGCUACGGUACCAACCCGAAUAUGGACCCUUUCCCGCAAACCAUUCUCAUGGCCUCAGUGUUGGGUCGUAUCGAGAGACACUCGUUACAACAUCAAAGCUUAAAAGACAAGUUUCCGCCCUGGGACUCGCGCAGUGAUUUUGCAGCCAUCUACAGCAUGUUACUAAACUUCGAAGCCCAUUCCGAAAUCACGAGAGUGUCGUUCUCCAGUACGAUUGCCCGGUUCGUGGGGCCGGACGGAGUGCAUGACCAUUCAGCCGCGGGCCACCUCGCGUUUUCCACGAUAAUGUAUCAUAUGAAUCAAUGUUUGCUACACCAUCCGUUUCUUCUCCGGAAACGGUUAGAUUCCUGCAAGGGGAGAUACUCUCCAAGCUUUCUGCGAGAGGCCCUUCGGCGCAGUCUGGAGCAUGCCUACCAGUUAACUGUCACCCUGCGUGUGAUACAGAAGCAAGGAUUCAACCUGACUAGCUUUUACGCUUAUGCUUCCCUGGUGGCUGGCACGAUCCACAGACUCUUCAUGCAUCAUGACGACGAAUGGACGCGAAGAACGGCACAGCAAUUCUUUGACUAUUCACUCGACUUUCUUGACAGCGGAAAGAAUGUCUGGGAGCAUUACUUACGCAUAGCCACCGCCCUUAUAGCGUUCGAACCAAAUCCUUCAUCGGCAAGAGCGUUGGUGACGACGACGCCGAACGACCAAUAUGUCCAUGAUCCCGAUCUCGACACAAUUUGGAACCUUCUUGAUUAUGGUUGGCUGUCAGAUGCCGCAAGGCCCAAAUCGUUGAACGAAUUACCACCGCCUCGACGACCAACUGUGACGAGCGACGAUGCCCCGCAACUGCAACUGCUCCCGGUGCCAACAAAUGAACCUAUAGUUCCUGCACCGACGUUACCUGAACAGAACCAUAGUUAUGCUGCAUUUGAACCAUUCGACCUGGACAAAGGUUUUGCAGUGCACGACGAAGUUGCCAUGGAUUUCGCAAGCUAUCCAGAGGGGACGAUUGAUCCAUGGCCGGAUGUGCUGAACGAGGGCGACGUCUUUCUAUCGACCGGUUUUGGAAUCUCCUCUCCAUGGACACCUCGUGCCCCAGGUUGA